GCACAACAAAGCUCGUCAAAAGACGUACUUUUUUAGCAGACUUCUUGUAAUGUAAUGUUUGGUUCUGUCUCGGUGACUAUAAUCUUUCAUCUUGAGGAGUUACUUACAUCCAAAUCUUCAUUCUUGUUAGAGACAGCAUUCUAGCCCUCGUCCAUCACGGCUCAUCUCAGCCAAGCAUUCUCAUAUUGCGGAAUUUAAUGAAGUGAGCAAGUGAAGCUAGCUUAAUUCAACCUUUGAGAUUUCGUGAUCCAGUGCCCCGAGUAUCGCCUGCUCUAAUUCUCGUUUCAUCAUGGCUCACCAUGACGAGUUUCGUCAGUGGCCCUUCCUUAACGAAGAAGAAUUCGAGCUUGCUUGCGCUUUCUUCGACCAAAGAUAUGUCAGAGCACAUCUUGGUCCAACAAGACAAAUAUUUAAAAUUCGGCAUCGUCGCAUAGCAACUUCAGGCAAUUCAUAUAUUGAAAUACUUCGAUUACUUCAGCUGCCAGAACAACCUGAUGAAUUAUCAGCGAUGCUUGAACGCCUUGGUGGCGGCUUUGGCGAGAGUGCCGACGUUGAGAUGAAUAUUGAUAGCAAAGAUGAAGAAGAUGAUCAGGAAGCUCUGAGAGAUCCAGACUCCCUUCCAGGAUAUACUCCGUAUGCACAACAGCCAUACGUGAUGUAUGAAAUUCAUCUGCAUCCCACUUACAGACUACCUACACUCUGGUUUACGCUCCAUGAUCUUCCAGCCGGAGAACCAACAUUUGAUUUGGAUGCCAUCUAUCGGUAUCUCGUGCCACCACAGUACAAAGACAACCUACGAGCACUAGGAGUGACAGGAGGUAUCUCUGCUGCACCACAUCCUGUGACAGAUGUACCAGCCUUUUUCAUUCACCCGUGUCAGACUAAGGAAGCAAUGGAAAAGUUUGAUUGUACCAUGCAAGAUUACCUGAUGGUAUGGAUUGGCUUGGUUGGAAGUUGCGUAGGCUUGUGGGUACCACCAGAAAUGGCAAUAAGUGUUGAUGCUUCAUGAGACUUUCUAAGCAAGUCCACAUUGCUAAGUUGAGCCGAUGAAAGAAGAUGAAUCGCUAGAAUUAGGCACUUUAGAACACCUGGGUCACCCAACAUCAAAAUGACUUUAGAUGUAAUUUGGUCAAGACGACGUAGAAUAGCCGAGCAAUUUUCAGAGG